GGGGAUAAUGUAAAGUUACGCUUGCGUUUCCACUCCCCUGCCCUAGUUCUCUACACCACCCUCCAUGUUUCUACCAUUUGGAAGUUGUCCUUACCGUGCCCCGUCGUGUUGAUAGUAUGCCAUUAUGCCAUUUACCAUCAUCCAUCAGAACAAUCCCAAUUACCGAUCGCAUUCUUGUGUCAAUACAUUAGGGCCUCUGUUUCGCAAUACCUUCAUGUUCAUCCUGAAAGCUGA